UUGGAGGGGGCACUAUCUCCAAAGAUGCUUGCAAUUCAGAAUGCUCAGCGCAAGAGGAAAUUAGAAACUGGCACCUCACUGUCCCAGGCUGUUGGCAUUGGUACACUGCUCCAUGAAGUAGGGAACCCUGCAGCGAUUGAAAAAAGAGCCAAAGUCUUUGAGACGAGUGGCAAAGAGGCUCUCACACACAAGACAAUCCUGCUCUUGCCCACAGAUCUGGCAAGCCGGCUGCUGGAAUGUUCCUUCGGAAGCGACGGCCUGCCCCAGCUGACGCGAUACGACUGCGAGGUGAACGCUCCCGUGCAGGGCCGGCAGCACCUCCUCCAGGGCGAAGAGCUCUUGAGGGCCCUGGACCAGGUCAACUGAGCCCCCCGUGCGCUGUGCAAUACCGGACACUGCACCCCCCCUCAACCCCUUCUAUUUAUAUUUUCUAUACCUGGUUAUUUUACUAUCCAGCUACUGUCCUGCACCUUUGUAGAUUUAUCAGAUGUGUUCUAAACUUCAAACCUGUUUUGCAAUACAUUAUUUAUAGCUAUAAGAAAGAAAACACCAUAGAGCAGCGUUCAGGCAGCCUUACAUCUGGAUAUCUGGAAAGAUGAGAGGAUGUUUAUUGAAGUUUCAAGCUCUUCAUUUAUCCUGUGUAUUCAGUAUAAGUGCUGUGCCAGCGGUGCAAUGUAGCCACAGUCGCACAAUUAUAUAUUUUCUUAAAAAUUACCAGCAGUUCAUGCAAUAUAUUCAGCAUUUUUAAACUACUUUUAAUGAAAUAUUGAACAAUUUAUUUUUCUUCUGUUUUUGUUUCCUAUGUAGUGUUACAGUAUAACUGUUAAGCCUGGAAUGCAUCAGUCACCUGCUCCGUCUCAGUUUGAUAAAGACUAUUAAAAGUUGAAGAGUAAACACCUGUUCAUGAGGUUUUACUUGUCCCGUUUUUAAGCUGUUCUGAUGUCAUGGUAUAACCAUUCAGUCACUUCACAUCUGUGUAUGUUGCAUUGAUCAGCAGUAACAAUCAGAGAUUGUAAACAUAGUACAGUAAAACCUGAAAUUUAAAAAAGGAACAAACUUCUAUGGUUAUAACCCUGGAAGGAUACUGUUGGGUUUUUAUCAUGGGAAGCUGGUGACAUUUAUAGUGUAAUUAUGAUAGAGAUUUUUAUAUUUUUAGUAGUCACUUUCAUUGUCAGCUCAAAUGCAUCCUUUCAGUACACAUAAUACAUGCUUAAUUACUGUGUAGCAAAUGAGUAUAAAUGCUUGUUUGGCAUAUUGUAGAUCAAUCAUGGAAGAGGUUUAGCAAUUUUCCAUCCUGUUAAGAUGCAUAGUACAUUGAAUGUUUGGUUUUCAUGCUCUUGUGGCUAUGAUCAUUACUACAGUAUUGAAAUCUACAACAUACUGCAGCCGUUUUUACACUUAUGGGGGGAAAUGGAAAGGCAUUUCCUAGUGUGAUCGUGUCAUGUAACCCUUUGUUAAUUCAUCUUUCUGCUGUCUGUGGUUUGUUCUCCGAACACUAAAUGUAUUGUUUUAUUACAUCAAUAAACAACAAAUGUGGACCAGG